AUGACGCGCGUUGACUUCGCCCCUCCGCAGCUCGAAACUUUCUUCAGUCCUCCUUCAGUCCUCCUUCAGUCACACUCACUCUCGCUGCAGCUGCAGACGACCAGCUCCGCGAUGCUCGCGUUCGUGUGGAUUACAGGGCUGCUGUGGAGCGCCGCGGGCGCUGACGCGAGGAAACCCGGCGACGAGUUCUUCAGCGCGAGCGUUUACCGCUCGAGGUGCGCGUCGCGAUGCCUCAGCCUGCACAUCACGCGCAUUUCUGCCGCUUUCAAACAUUUCCAGUGUCUGGAGCCAUGCAGGGCAUCAUGGGACCUGAAGGAGAACCAGUGUCAGGACUUGUGUGAGUGUCUGGAGCCAUGCAGGGCAUCAUGGGACCUGAAGGAGAACCAGUGUCAGGACUUGUGUGAGACUCAGUUCCCGAAGAAGCAUUACGAGUGCUUGACGAGCUGCGAGUUCCUGCGCUCCGUUCAGACGCUGAAGCCGGGGGACUGUCCUGCGCCGGAGCGAGCGAGCGGAUUCGCCGCCGCAUGCGUGGAGAGCUGCGAAACAGACGCCGAGUGCACGGCACUGAAGAAGUGCUGUCCGAAUGGAUGCGGUCACACCUGCCAGAUCCCCAAGAACCCCUAUAAAGGAUCUCCUCUGAAGCCGCGGAAGGAGCUGCUGUUUGUGGAGCAGGCGUCAGGACUGCUGGAGGUCCGCUGGUCGUCCCGCUUUAACGUCUCGGUGGAGCCGGUGCUUUACGUGCUGCAGCGCCGCUGGAACUUGGGCAUCCAUCCCAGCGAAGACGACGCUACGCCGUGGCAGGACAUCGCACAGGUUGCUGUAGAGCGCGCGCUGCUGAGCGACGUGCGGCCGAGCAGGUGGUAUCAGUUCCGUGUGGCGGCGGUGAACGUUCACGGCACGCGCGGCUUCACGGCUCCCAGCAAACACUUCCGCUCUUCUAGAGACCCGUCUCCUCCUCCAGCCCCGUCUGGACUGAGCGUGUCUAACAUCACGGUGGGACCCGACGGUCUGCUGACGGUCUGGAUCAGCUGGACUCUCCCCGCAGAGCCUGAUCUCCCCGUCCAUCACUACAAGAUCUGCUGGAGCUGGACGAUCCCGGGGAAAUCACUCGUCCCGUCCCGGAGGAAGAGGAGGAAGACCAGCGACGGGGUGAGAGCCGCUUUCACAAAACACUGA